CAGGAAGACAUGGAAUUUCAGUUUAUGGUUUUAUUCUCCGCCUUGGUGGCAUUAAGCGGCGCACACCCAUCAGGCGUGAUCGCACCAGUCGCAGCUCCGGUAGUCGCGGCGAAAUUAGCGGAUUUGGAAUUUGACCCAAAUCCUCAAUAUGCGUUUGCUUACGACGUACAUGACGCUUUAACUGGAGACUCAAAGAGUCAAUCAGAAACCCGCAAUGGUGGACUAGUCCAAGGAAGGUACACCGUUGCUGAUCCCGAUGGAAGCCAAAGAAUUGUUGAUUACACCGCAGAUCCUGUUAACGGAUUUAACGCGGUCGUUAACAAGGUACCGCAAGUAGUUGCGCCAAUCGUUGCAAGAGCACCACCCGUGGUUGCUGCACCUGCGAGGGUGGUUGCUGCAGCUCCAGCGCCGUUAGUAGCCGCCCCUGCUCCAGUCGCCCCUGUGGUAGCCGCGCCACAUGCUCCACUUGUAGCACCAGCUCGAGUUGCUUAUGCAGCUGCACCCGCACACGCUUAUACAGCCGCACUGACUGCACCUUUAGCUGCAGCCCCAAUAGUAUCACCUUAUUCUAUUGCUAGGGUGGCUUACGCUUCCCCUUACGCAGUUUAUUAAUUUCCA